AUGGCGGAGCGCAUAGAAACACCGGUAUCCAAGAGGCUAUCCUCUGUGAAGAAUAUCAUCAUCGUUCUCUCCGGCAAAGGUGGCGUCGGCAAGUCAUCCUCCUCGGUUCAACUCGCCCUUUCUCUUCUCGCCUUGAACCCCACAAACCGUGUGGGUCUCAUAGAUCUUGAUAUCACUGGUCCUUCUCUUCCGCGCAUGGUUGGUCUUGAUUCGCCUACUGCUACGGUCCACCAAUCGUCAGCCGGGUGGGUCCCAGUAUAUGUCGAUCAGGGGCGAAGAUUGGGGGUCAUGAGCAUAGGGUUUCUACUGAAAGACAGAGGGGACAGUGUAGUCUGGAGAGGUCCAAAGAAGGAUGGAAUGAUCAGGCAGUUCUUGAGUGAGGUGAGGUGGGGCGAGCUGGAUUACUUGGUAAUUGAUACGCCGCCAGGCACGUCGGAUGAACAUAUCUCACUCUUGACUCACCUCCACCCCCUCUUCACGCCCACACCCUCCUCCCCUACGACCCCUUCCUCAAUCCUCAUCACUACCCCUCAAACCACCGCUCUCAACGACACCAUCAAAUCCCUUUCCUUUACCCGCAAGCUUUCCCUUCCAGUCAUGGGGCUAGUGGAAAAUAUGGCGGGCUACGUCUGCCCAUGUUGCGGAGAGAUCAGUGAUACUUUCGGUAAAGGCGGAGGAGAGGCGCUGGCGCACAAAGAGAGCGUCAACUUCCUGGGACGAGUACCGAUCGACACCAUACUUGUGGCGCUUCUGGAUGCUGUCUCGAAAGGGGAGGUGCAGGGCGAAGGAGCCAAGGAGACGAACGGCGGGGAUCAGGCUGCAUCGUCGGCGGGAUUCCCUCUGCUCGAAAAGUAUCUCGAGACGACCUCGUCCAAAGUAUGGCUGGGUAUUGCGGACAAGCUUGUUGCCAGCAUAGUGGAACGCAGCGAGAAGAUAACCGAAAGACUGGGGCCGCAGGAACAAGUGACAUCUGCAUAG